AUGAAUGCUUCUGGUCCUGGCAUAACACAACUUUCAACACCAGCACUCAGAAACCUGCAUGACCCUAUGGUGACGAUCGAAGAAUACUUCUAUUAUGCCAAGAUCACUCGUGAAGAGCAGAGAAACAUUUCAACAGUCAAAACACCGGCCAGGAAGCUUUUGAGCUUUGCUAAACACGAUGCAGCCUCUUCUACCAUCACUGGAAGCGAUCCCACCAAACCUGAGACCUCGGAGAACCCAUUAGGUACAGAGACAGACGAGAAGAUUGGCGAAUCUGAAGCUCCUGCGACUGCUCGACCAGUUAUUGUGACAGAGGACGAGUGGUUACAGGCUUCCAGAGCUGCAAGAACAGCGACUUGGGGAUCUGUCUUCUAUCUCAUUACCACAGACAUUCUUGGUCCUUACUCUGUGCCAUGGGCUUUGGCACAGAUGGGGUAUGGUCCAGGCAUUGUUCUGUACACCAUCUUUGGAGCUCUGGCAGGCUAUACGGGCUGGCAGAUCUGGCAAAUGUUCCUCAAACUUGACUCCGACCACUACCCUAUGAAGACCUUUGGCGAUAUCGCAUUGAGAGCAUAUGGCCGGGUCGCGCGCCAUCUGGUGAACAUCCUGCAAGCAAUUCAACUCAUCUUCAACGUGGGAGUCAUCAUCAUCCAAAAUGGUCAAGGCCUUUACCAGAUCAAUUCGAACAUUUGUUAUAUCGUGUGCUGCGUCAUCUGGACAGUGUGUGGUUUCGUCAUUGGUCAAGUACGUACGUUGCAGAAGUACGGCUGGAUCGCCAACCUCGCUGUCUGGCUUAACAUUGUUGUCAUGAUCCUUACAAUGGCUGUCGUGACUCACAGUCAUCCCAAUUACGAGGCCGCUGCCAAAUCCAAUGGUGCCGAUAUUGGCCCUCCUGCACCUCCAGUCAUGACCACUGCGGGUCCACCAGCUGGAGUCGAAUUCAGCGGACAACUCGUGGGAUUGAUGCAGGCUGUCUACUCAUAUGGCGGUGCCAUGCUUUACUGCGAGUUCAUGAGCGAGAUGCGAAAGCCUUGGGACUUCUGGAAAGCGUUGAUUAUUGCAGAGACUUUCAUCUAUGUCGUCUAUCUGUUCUUUGGCAUAUACGUCUACUCAUUUCAGGGUCAAUACACCAUCAACCCUGCCCAACAGGGCAUGUUUCCUCAUGCGGCCUUGACUGCGGGCAAUAUCCUCGCAUUUUUGACGGCCCUUAUUGCCGCCGGACUGUAUGGAAACAUUGGUAUCAAGGUUAUGUAUCAGAACAUAUUCCAAGAACUGCUUGGAUUACCACAGCUUACCACAAGAGCGGGAAAGCUCCUCUGGAUUGGCAUCGUUCCAAUUUACUGGGGAAUUGCCUUCGUUCUUGCUGCCGCAAUUCCUCAAUUCAGCGCACUUUCUGGUCUUGUGGCUGCCCUUUGCAUCCUCCAGUUCACGUACACCUUCCCACCUCUGCUCAUGCUAGGUGUGCAAGUACAGUAUGAUGCAAUUCGCCCUGAUCAAGGCGAAGGCUUCAAUCCAGCUACUGGGGAGACUAUUAGACAUGACCAUGGCAUGAAAAGAUGGAUCCGCGGCUUCUUUGCUCGCAGAUGGUACAUCAAGCUUUGGAAUGUCAUCUUCUUCCUGGGGGCUUUUGUUACUUGUGUCUUGGGAACAUACUCUUCGAUCAAGUCCAUGAUUGAUGCCUACGCUUCGGGUUCGUCAACGGCUUUCAGUUGUGUGGGACCAGUCUAA